GCAUCCCCAAUCAAAGGCAUGAAAUGUUCUGAUUAAUAGUAACGGUGGCAACAGGGCCGUUAUCAUCUGAAAACCCCGGCUGUUGCAGACGUCAAACUUUACGUACAUUCCACUAACACACUCUGGCGGCCAUCUUGUUUCGACUGAAAGUUUUAUAGAGUGUCGGGAACUGGUGAAUAGACAAACAAAAUGUCGGACGACGAAUCUCGCGAUGCCGAGCAGGAACAGGAAGAGGAGUCAUCUGCUCCUGCUCCUGUUGAACGCCAAGUGGAAUCCGGCGACUCUAAUGAAGCCAAAAAGGCUAUGGAGGAAGCCGAACGUAGGAAGAAGGAGAGGAUGGCAGAAGAAUUGGCUGAGUACGAGGAGAUGAGAAGAGCUGAGCGAGAGAAAGAACUGGAAGAACUAGAAGCUCUUAGAAUUAAAAGGGAAGAACGUAAAGCAGAGAGAAUAAAGGAAGAAGCCAAACAAAAAGAAUUAAGAGAAAUUGAAGACAAAAGACAAAGAGCUGAACAGGAAGAAAGAAAAAGAAAGAAGUUGGAGGAAGAACAGAAAAAGAAAGAAGAAAGAGAAAAAAAACGAAAGGAAGCGGAAGCUAGAAUGGCCAUUGCUAAAGGUCAACGAAACUUUGUCAUCACAAAACGUGAAGGAGAAGGCGUGGACCUUGAAAACUUACAUCAAGAAGAACCCAUGCAAAAGACCAGAGAAGAAAUCGAGGAGGAGAAACGUAACGUGCUGGCUACAAGAAUCCAACCAUUGAAUAUUGAAAAUGCCAACCAACAGGUUUUAACGGAGAAAGCCAAGGCUUUACAUGCAAAACUACGACAACUGGAAGGUGAUAAGUAUGAUCUGGAACAACGAUACAAGAGACAGCAAUAUGACUUGAUCGAAUUGGCAGAAAGAUCUCGUCAAAUGAACAAAGGAAAGAGCAAGCGAUCUGCUGUCCAGGUUGACGAAUCAUUCGAUCGAUUGUCAGACAAAUAUACCAGUGCUCCACCAAAAAUUCUUCUCUGCAGUAAAUAUGAACGUUUAACUGAUCGUCGUACAUUCGGAGAACGGGCUACAUUAUUCGAGGAAUUGUGUAAAGAACCACCACCACCAGAGAUAAAAAGAGUCCGCCCCGCAGGCGGAGGUGGUGAUGAAGAGGGGGAAGAGGGGGAGGAGGAGUAAUAUGUGACCCGUUUUAAGUUGUACUAUUUCCUAGAAUAAUGAAUCCAGACUACUGUUUGUCAAGAUGACCAAAUUGUAUAAUAUUUCAUCCUGUACUGGAGGCGUGCUACCAUAGCAACCAUAUCCCAUUACAUAGAAGACAGUUCCUCGAACCGGAAGUAAUAUUAGUGCGAAACGGAAGUCAUCGUUGUUGUGCAGAAGAUUUCUGAUCUAUAAAAUAUCUAGUAUAUCUGAAAAAAAAACUUUCGAUUUUAAUUUGGACAUUUUCUUGUUUUCUGAUUAAAAUUUUAGUGAUUUCCUCCAGUUUUCGGUCAUUUGUUUGAAAUAUUUUGUGCCAUUAUAAAAUACCCAUUCUGUUUGUCCAGGAGUAGUCGUAGCCUUGAUUGUGCAAGGCUUUUUAAAGACAAUAAAAUACUUAAUGAGACUGCUUGCAUCUCGAGCAACCAGCCGGCUAGUUUAGCUGUAUAAUAUAUGUAUUUGUGUUAGUUCAAUGAGUUAUAUAUUUAUUUACUUACUUAUUCAUAUAGAUUGAAAGAGUGUCAGAGUUUAUUUUGAUAACCGUCCAAAUUAUUGCCCCGGGUAACCUAUUUGACGAUGCUGGUACCUUUACAUUCUAAAUCUGUAUGAAUAAUCAAAUUGAAUUCGACUACACCGAAUGGAUCAAUCAACAUCUAAAUCCAUUCAGAUACCAUCGUGAAUUUCUACCAUCUAAAUAAAUCGCACUUAUUCAGAUUUCAUAAAUGUAAAGAUUCCCAUUUCAUUGUCAGGAUUAUCUACCUUAAGAAGUGUGAAUUAUGGACGAGGAGAGGGGAUCCUUUAGGGACGCGUUUCACUACCCAAAUAAACACAAGUUCUUUCACUUUUUCAGAGAAGAUAAACAAUACCUUGGUGGACCCCCGAAUACCUAAUUAUCAAAACUUCCUUUAAAUGGCUUUAAUAUUUUGUGUAUGUUAUUAUUAACAGUGUUUCCUCAUCAACUUGGUUUCGUAUGAACUGUGGUGCAAUAACAAAGUCAUCUUUAUCAUUUAGAAAUUAAAUAGCUCUAUGUGUGAACCUUGUUCAGUUACUCUAUCUUCCAACGAGUCUAUUUAUCAGAUUAUAAUUACGUGUGAAAUAAAUAAAAUAAAAUAAAAGUAUCUAGGAUAAUCGAGGCUAUUGUAGGCACGAUUAUCUUAGGUAGAUUAAAAUGGA